GACCGAAGCUUGCGCGAGUGUAUUGUUUUCUUUAUAAAUUUACUUUGUAGUAAAAACUGUAUUUUGUAUUAUAUUUUAUAAUAAAAUACUUAAAUUAAACUUUCGUCAUUGAAAAACCGAACUUAGUUUUAUAAAAUAAUUGCCCAAAGGGUGUGAAACGGUUAAAAUGGCGGCAGUACAAGGAGCCGGUAACAAGCAAUGGCCAGCGAGGCCAGGUGUACAGCAUCAAAAUAGUCAAAGCAAUGCGAGUUUAACAUUAAACAGAACUAUAAAUCUUUACCCCUUAACAAAUUACACAUUUGGAACCAAGGAACCACUAUUUGAGAAAGAUGCAUCUGUACCAGCUAGGUUUCAAAGGAUGCGCGAGGAGUUUGGAAAAAUUGGUAUGCGAAGAUCAGUAGAAGGUGUGCUAUUGGUUCAUGAACAUGGUCUACCUCAUGUGCUGCUUCUCCAGCUGGGCACAGCUUUCUUCAAGUUACCGGGUGGAGAACUGAAUCCGGGAGAGGAUGAAAUUGAAGGAUUGAAAAGACUACUCACUGAGACGCUAGGUAGACAAGAUGGUGUCAAACAGGAGUGGUCCAUAGAAGAUACCAUUGGUAACUGGUGGCGCCCAAACUUCGAACCUCCUCAAUAUCCAUACAUUCCACCGCACAUAACGAAACCGAAAGAGCACAAACGUCUGUUCCUAGUUCAACUACAAGACAGAGCACUUUUCGCCGUACCGAAGAACUAUAAGUUAGUAGCAGCUCCUCUAUUUGAGUUGUACGACAACGCACAGGGCUAUGGACCAAUAAUAUCGUCCCUGUCGCAGAGUUUGUGCAGAUUUAACUUUGUGUAUAUGUGAGAUAGUAGAAUAGAGGGGGUAAGGGAUACUGUGUGGGUCCGUUGGUAAUGUUGAAAUGUGUGUGCGAUUAAAAAUGUAUCUAUUGCAACUGGAUCGACAUUUUAAGAACGAUUUGAUGUUAUGUAAUACAUAAUAUUGAUGUCGAAAUGUACUGUAGUCUAUUCCAAUGGCAGGAGGAGUUAAGGUAAACGAACCGUUGAUUUUCAUAUUCCAUGCGAUUUGGUAAUAGCUCCGCUAUAUUGUGCACAAACAGGUGACUUAUCUCUCUAUUUAUAAUCGAUUACUAUUCCACUUAACUACUCAUAUACACUUUAAUUUGAAUCCCGAAGUGGAACAUUUUCGACAUUUAAAAAUAUCAUUUACGAAUCCACAAUGAACACCCCCGUACCGUUCAAUCUCCAUUGUGUCUUCUCCAUCGCACGUGACAUUGGCGAAAUAAUCUGUGCCCUCUUGGCAUAAAUAAAAGCAAGAAUAAAAAACAAAUGAACACCACAGAUUAUUCAUAAUCUCGACCAAUUAUAUCGCUUCAAUUCAAGGUCAAGGUUGUUUAUUUGUCUCUUCUGUGAUUGGUAUAUACUAUAUUGAAUUGAAAUAAUUGAUCGCAUCCCAGUAUCCCCUCUAAUUAUAGAUAUAUUUAAAUAUAAGUCGACUAUUUGUAUUGUAAUAAAAUAUAAGUUAAUUUGACUAAAUAAUACAAGUAAUUGAAGUUUCAUUUAUUGUACCCGAAGAAAGAAGACUGUUUAUUAGUAUUAAGAUAGUUUUAAUUAAAUAUUUAUGUGUAUGGAAGGGCGAAUGAACUGUUGUCUCGUUCUUAUGUUUAGGAGUGAAUGAGAUAGUGAAUGUUCAAGAGAAUUACGGUUAAAUUGUAUAAAAUGUUUUGACAUUUGAAAGAAAACUAAGAUGGCGGUUUUAAAUUAAUUGAAUUUUUUAUAUUGUUAUGCUCGUAUUGGCUUGAAUAUUUUGUAAUUGUUCUGUAUACAGUUGUUGGGUCGUCUAGUGAAGUCUUUAAACAUUGUGUACGUGUUAGUAAAUGAGUAACGUAAAAAGUUCUACGUUUGAAGAUU